CAUCAACUACAACCUCUCUCACCACACCAGAAGAGCCCAAAUCACUGAAAGGAUCAUCUCAAUGCCGCCAACACUACUACUUAUCCGCCACGCUCAGGCUCUACAUAAUGUGGCAAGCGACUGGUCCAUCCAUGACGCACCGCUCUCCGAGCUCGGUGAGCAGCAAUGCCUUGAACUUCAAGAGAGUUUGAAAAAUAGCAAGAUUGGGAACGAAGUCGAUUUGAUUGUGGUAUCGGCGAUGAGGAGGACGUUGCAGACGGCUACUAUUGGGCUAGACUGGUUGAUUAAGAAGGGUGUCAAGGUCAUUCCUGACGCAGGAUGGCAAGAAACCGCCGACAAACCUUGUGACACCGGGAGUCCGCUUGAGCAAAUGAAGAAAGAGUUCCCGCAGUACGACUUCUCAUCCGUAGAUCCAUCCUACCCGGACAAGACUACAGACUUGGAGAACAACCCCUACGCAUUUACACAGAAGGCUAUCCUAGCACGCGGUCAAACAUGUCUCGAGGAUCUCUACUCCCGCCCAGAGAAGGUCAUCGCAGUAGUAUCUCACUCUGGCUUCCUGCGUACGGCCGUGUGCAAUCGCAUGUUUUUCAAUGCCGACUGGCGAGUGUUCAAUUUCGACGAGGGCGCGAUGGAGAAGAAACCUGGCCAGUUUAUCCUGAAGGAAAGCGAAGAAACAGAGAAGAAAGGUGGAGGAAUGGGAAGGAGUGACGUGGGUGUAUUUGGGGUAGUUGAAGGGGAUUUCCCACCUGAAGUGGAAACUGAACAGGCGAAGGAGAAGGGUCAGGUCAAAGAGCUAGGUGAGGCAAAUAAGCAGAAACCUUCAUCUUAAAGUGCGAAAGCUAUGAGAGCUUGGCCUUUGAUGUGGUCUUGAAUAUCCAAGGCCCGGUGGCAUUAAACAAUACUUAGACGUUACACAAAGACGAUAGACGGGAACUCCGAUGCGAGACAGUCAGCAAUCACACCAAGUAUCGAUUUCAGGGAUCAUAGUAAGCAUACAGGGUAUCCGCAAGCUAAGUUGCACCCGGCUGUUCAAUUAGGCUGAAGAUAAUAAGCCUGUAGACUGCGGCAGCCGCAUCACUCAUAGCUUCAACGUACCUCUCUCACGAUUUUAUCUGAAAAGGCUACCAAC